CGCAUGCGCGCGCCGCAGCCCCGCCGGACCCGGGCCCCGCCGGCCGCUCCAGUGUGUAGCUCUGGCAGACUCGUGAGGGUAAUGCAGUCGCUCUCGAAUCCAACAGAAAAUGAUGCAUCCGGUCGCCAGCGGUAAUCCGGCUUUCUGUGGGACCGGCAAAGCCUCCUGCCUCGACGAAGACAGCGUGAGAGCCGCCGAGCAGUUUGACUUGUAUUCCGCCCAGCAGAGCAAAUACAGCCACGCGGUCGGCCACAAGCCGAUCGCCUGCCAGAGGCAAGACCCGCUCGCUGAGACGCAUUUGCAGGCCCCGGGCGGCCGGAGCCUGGAGACGAAAGACGAACUCAAGAAAAAGAAAAACCUCAACCGAUCCGGUAAGCGUGGCCGGCCGUCGGGGACCACCAAGUCAGCGGGAUACCGGACCAGCACUGGCCGACCACUCGGGACCACCAAGGCAGCCGGAUUUAAGACAAGCCCGGGCAGACCCUUGGGUACCACCAAAGCCGCGGGAUACAAAGUCAGCCCGGGGAGACCUCCAGGUAGCAUCAAAGCGCUCUCGCGCCUUGCAAAUUUAGGCUACACCUGUGGCGGUGCCGCCUUUCCGUACUCCGUGGUGCGGAGCAGAGGCGUGCACGGGGCGGGGGAGAGCAGCGGGAAAGUCAAAAAGCCCAGUGAGUAGCAGGGGGAGGAGGGCCGGGCGGAGCCGACGGCCACGAGGGAAGGCCGGAGCCUCGGCCCGGCCCGCGGCCGCCGGUUUUACGGGCCGGUUUUUCUGGCUCCAGCCUUCCGGAUUUCGGUGCGUCUUUUUUGUUUUGGGCCAAGGCAGCCGGGAGAUGUUGAAUGUCAGAGGGCGCGAGGAGAACUCUGUGCUUGUCGGUCGGCUUAGGCGCCGAGUCCCAACCGAACGGCUCGGUGUCUCUCCCCCGGAGUGAUGCUCGCGGCUCAGAUUUCACUCCUCCCGUCUGCCAUUCGACAUGGGAACUUGUGCAUUAAGCAGCUGAAAUGAGCAGGAAACCAUUAUCUGCCUCUUGGCUCGGGAAGUAAGCUGAGCCGUCCUAAAGGUCCCAUCUAGAGGAAGUUUGAACCCCAAAUCAGUAAAGAUCCCAUCUAGAGGAAUUUUGAACCAGUGAAGCCGAGCCAUUCGGGGCCAUUUGAGCUAAUUCUUUCUGUCGGUUUGGUUUCGCGAUGCCUUUUUAAAUGAGAGAGGAAGUAGAGCCCCACCUUGGCUGCUCUGUCCUGGCCCUCUGGUGUCUUGUAGAUAUUCAGAAACUUGGAAAACUGAUUGUUUUCCUUCCCCCAACCCCGGUACGAGGAUUAGGUUCAGGUAGGUUCUCAUUGGGUGGGUAUUAGUCAAUUUAUGGACGGUCCCAAGUUUUUCUCUUGGGGGAAUGUUUUAUGGCAUUCUGCAAUGUAUUUUUGACCUGGUUAAGAGUGCAUUUUCCAAACGCCGCAAACACUUCGCAUCACAAUUAGUAGCUAGUUUAUCGGCAAUUGCGUAGUAAGUUUCUAAUGUAGUACUUAAUUCUAGAAAGAGAACGCUUAAUGUAAAAUAAAACAAAAUAUUCUUGAAGACUGUAAAUAACUAUAGUUUCUGCAUUUUGCUUUUUACGUGCUUAGGUACAAUAGCUAAUGGGUUUGUAAGUAUCAGUGUGUUUAUCAGCUGGAUUGUUUUUCAUGGUGCUGCAAUCCCUCCUUACCCGGUUUUCUAGAUAUUCAGCGUACAGUUAUCCCGUUGUGUGAGCAUUUUGGCCAUGUUUAAGUUCAUUUCUACCAGAGGGCACGUUCGGAACAGCAAACUGUAACGCCGGUAAAAACAGGAUGCAGUUUACUGCAUCGUUAGACCCGAAAUAUGAAGCGAUUCCUAGGAAUUCAUCUUUGCAUGAAAGGUGAAAUAGUAUGUUCACUGGUUAAACUAUAAAUACCUUUCUUGGCUCCAGUACGACCACCUCAUCCAAAAGAAAUGUUCCAUUUUUAGCCCUGUUUGUUUUCAAAAUACACACACACACACACACACACACACACACACGCACACACGCACAUAUAAUAAUGGCAUUUAUUAAGCGCUUACUAUGUGCAAAGCAAAUAUACAUAUACACAUAGACAUAUAUAUGUAUAUAUUUGGAGAGAGGGGAAAGCACUUUUUUCUCCUGGAUUUGAAAGGAUCGUUUAAUAUCGAUUUGUAUUUACUCGGAAGAUCACCAGUUGGCGUUCAGCAUCCCAAACUCUUGGGCUUGAAACAAAGCUUCCAUAAGAAAGGUAGUUUAAAACUCUUAGUGUGUAAUUUCAGAUACCCUCGAGGCUCUGUAAUUUUUGUAGGUUUGGAGGACCAGAAAGGUGGGGAUGGGGAUGAUUAGAACUUGACCGGGAGAAUAACUUGGGCUAUUCAGGCCUGCCGUCCUUUGAUACGAACUCUGAUUGCACUCUUUGACGCCUUUCGAAACGGAUGUCAUAUUUCAUACCUUUUUUAUUAGGAAAAAAGCAGCAAGCCUUCAGGUGUUCCCCUGAUGCCUGACCCAUACUGAGCUGGACUUUGUGCUGUACUUUACAGUAAGAGGUGUUGAAUUGUAUUUGGGGACUGUGUGCGCAUUGAAAACUGAGACGGUGAACCUCAACUCUCUUAGCGUUGCACAGCCCGUAGAGAUGCGAUCUUGGAUGGCCUUGUAGCCAGCGGGUAACCUAAUGGCAGCUAACCCGCUCUUAGCCUAGAGUUUCUUCAGGCUGACGCCACUGAGUCCAGCGAUGUAUUCUCCCCCUCGACAGCCGUUUUCUCAGAGAGGAGAAAACCCUUAGGAAUUUCCUCGGCGCGGUGUAACUUCCGACCCAGGCGACAAAAAAGGCUUCCGUGCUCGUUCGCUCUCAGGAUUCCUGCCUCUGACCGCGUCAGCAGCUGGUUUUCAGCACCGGGCUCCUCCGACGGCCCGGCUGAACUCGCUCUUGGACGCUUCCGGCCACCUGCGGGCCACUGUCCCGAGUCCGGGCGAGGCACCGCCGGGGGCCGGGCCAGGAUAACGUCGCCCGCGACGUCGCCUCGGUACUUUCCCCUCUCCUCACCUCCCCGCCGAGUCCCUCCCUGCCCCCUCCCCGUUGUGUUUCUUCCCUGCUGCCUCUUAUUCGACGGUGCUGUGCCGCGGGGCUCGGGCGGUGAAGCAGGUGCAUUCUUGUAAUCCCCACGCGAUGGAUCGCGGACCGGAAGAUGUUGAAGAAUUCAAGCAGAACAGAUGGGGUUCAUUCCGGUGUCGACUGGUGUGAUCAGGUGAGGCGUCCCGGGGCCGGGGUGGGAAGGGACGAUGUCGGUCGUGAACCCGGGUGACGUCGGUGGAACGGCCGCUUUCGGAGCUGGGAUCAGAGCUGCCUGGAGGAUUGGAUUUGGGUCCUGCUGGGUGGCUUCGGCUCCCGGUUUUCGCCCCUCCUGUGAAGGAUUCCCCGAGGCCGCGCCGAAGAGGAGCGGAGUCCAAGAAGACCGAGUGACUUGUGAAUGAAGUCUUACGCUAUUUUUCGCUUCUCCUAUAUAAUCUUUGGAGUACAUUGUGCUUUUUUUCUUUCUUUUUUUUUUUUUUUGGUAACACUGUCCCUUGUCACGGUAAACACUGAAGUAGCAUGUUCAGCAGUUGCCUAUACUUUGACAUUAUAAGUCGGGAGUCGGGGGAACUGGCCUUUUCCCCUCACGGUCUGGCCUUUCUUUCAAGGAAAAUUGCUCAUUCUGUACACCGUAAUUCUGCUCAUCAUCAAAGAGGGUUCACUGUUUUGUAUUAACACUGUCGGUCAGAAAAUGAUCUACAGUUCAAGUAAGUUUGUUUUCCUUCUUUUUUUUUUUCCUGUUUUUUUAAGCAUUGGAUUUUUAAUGUGUUUUAUUUAUAUGCAGAUGAAGCCUUAGCAUUUUAACAAACAGGGAGCAACUCCAAUAGUAACUGCAUCUCAUUUUCCAACCAAAAUUGGCUUUGCACAACUAAUCUCGGGCAUCAGAUCAUUUGGUUACCUGUAUCUUGGUGUCUCGCAAUGGCUAUUUUCAAAAUACCGGCACCAUAUCUUGACAGACCAAGUCUCUGAUAUUUGUCAACACAAAGCGUGUUUCAUUUUUAAUAUUUGGGUGGACUUUUGAAAGUAAGUUAUUCGGUUUGAAGUCCCUUUCAACGUUAUGUUAAUAUUUAGAGGGAAAUUUCAUCCCUUUUGUAUACACAGAUCUCACGCUACGUGAGUGGGGGGAGGUUGUGUGCUUGUGUCUGCGUACCCGUUAUCGUAAAACGGGAAUCCCCCGAGCGUCGUCUCGGGGCUCAGGCAAAAAACUAGCUCUGAUCAGUGAGAGCCCCCCACCCAGUGAAAGAGGAGCUUGGCCUAGCAGAAAGAGGACGGGCCUGAGAGUCCGAGGAUCUGGGUUCUAAUCCCGGCUCCGCCGCCUGCCUGUUCUGUGGUCUUGGGCAAGUCACUUCACUUCUCUGUGCCUCAGUUCCCUCAUCUGUAAAAUGGGGAUUAAGACGGUGAGCCCUACGUGGGACAGGGUCUGUGUCCAACCCGAUAAGCUUGUAUACACCCCCGCGCUUUGUGCAGCGUACAUAGUAAGCGCUGAACAGGUACCAUAAAAAGAAAGAGAGGGAAACCCUGAGAAACGAGGUGAAGAAGAGAACAUCAUCAUUGCAUUUUGAGAAGCUUUAAGAGACGGGGCAGCAGGAGAUGCUAAUCUGGAGUCUGCAGCAGCUGCUGCUCUGUCCCUCAUUCACCCCCACGCUACGGACAGAAGCGCGUUCCGAUCCCUUUGGAGAAUGGUGGGGAAUCCCGAGGCAGUUCAAAAGGACUUUCCCAUCUGGUCGAAAAGUUUUGUUCCCGCUAUAUUCUUACGUUACAAUAUAUAUUUUAACAUUGCUUAACUGCGUGUUCGUAGACUCUCAGAUAUGCUGAAGACUUUGCCGGGGAAUUACCCGAGUAGGUAAAUCUGCGAUCGCCAAUAUAUUCCAUGUCAUCUUUGAAAGGUAUAAUGGUAUGACAAAUCAUAAAGACGUUUCUGCUUAUCACUUAGUAAUCAGACCUCUCUGUGGUUGUUUAAUUUUACACAGUUUGCUUUUCCCACAGAUAAUUAAUUAUGGAGGAAAUAAUUACCAAUUAACUAAUAUCAGCACGCCGUCCUCUGCUGUAAAGAGUCUGAUAGAUACUGUGUAUGUUUUUAUGUCCAUGAACUUGAGCUACUCGUGUGCAAUUAUGUGUAUGGGAAUGGAGUAGUGUUCAUGAUCUGUAUCUACAUCAUCAUAUGGAUGUAUAUUUAUUAAUAAAGUCAAUACUUUAAACCAAA